UAGGUCGGUUGUCAGCCAUUUUUCAGCCAAGUCUAUGAAAUUCGAUUUGAAAAGGAUAAAAAGAAAAAAAAAUAUACACAUCGAUUACAUGACUCCAAUAUUCUUCACUGAUACUUCGAUAUCACGUAUCAAAACGCAUAAAUACGUCAGUGUGCUUCGUAUUAGUUAAACAAUAUGUUUCCAGCAUACGCUUACUUGUCAGCUUAUGACAGACACAAGAAACUUAUAAAUGAUUAUUUAUUGUUACAUGGAAGUUCGGUAUCGUCCUUGAAACGAGACACGUCCCGAGAUAAGACAGACUACGACGUUAUUAGAGAAAACCACAGAUUUCUCUGGGAUGAAGAUAACGAUACGCCAGAGUCGUGGGGUGCGAAAUUAGCGAAAAAGUAUUAUGACAAAUUGUUUAAGGAAUAUUGCAUAGCUGAUUUAACGUAUUACAAACAAAAUAAGAUUGCCUUAAGAUGGAGAACGGAGAAAGAAGUAAUUGUUGGUAAAGGACAGUUUGAAUGUGGAAAUAAAAAAUGUAAAGUAAAAGAAGGGCUAAGAUCUUGGGAAGUAAACUUUGGUUACAUAGAACAUGGAGAGAAAAAGCAUGCUCUUGUGAAAUUAAGAUUGUGUCCUGAUUGCUCAGUGCAUUUAAAUUAUCGAUCGCAGAAACGCGAAGCGAAAAGACAUAAAACAUUGAGGAGAUUAGGAACGAACUUGGAAACCCGCGAUAGCAUACCUAGUACAUCUGCGGUAGAGAUUAAAAUUGAAGAGAACGAAGCCGUAAAUAAUUCUGAAAAAUCCAUUGAACAAACAGAAAAAGAUGAAUCGAAAAUUUGGAAAGAAAAACCAGUAGACAGUUUAGAAAAGACCAGGGAAGAGGAAUUCGAAGAAUAUUUAGCAGAUCUGCUGAUGUAAAGAAAACUGAAGUUUUCUCAUGGAACAAUAUCGGUGAUGUUAAAAAAUUGUUUAUUAACGAUACUAUCGAGGAAUAUAACAAUUUUCAUGCAUAACACUAGUCAUGUUUAAAUAAAUAUAACAGUUAUAAUCGUAUUUUUAUUUUGAUUGAUACAUGAUUCACAUUCUACCAUUAUAUCGCAUGGUAAUAAAACUUUUAUAAAUAAAAUAACUCUCGUUCGUUUAUAAUUGUGUUUGCAAAAAAAUUAAAUCUUCACAGUAUGAGAAAACCUAGCACCAGCCAAUGUAUAUGUAGUAUACAUACAUAUGUAGAUGUAUUUUGUAUAAUAAAUAAAUACAACUAUUUACUUAUUUUAUUACAGUCAAGAAUGUUCAACAACCUUCAUAAUAUAUAUACAGUUCAAAAAAUAAAAUCAACUUCUAGUUUGCCUAUCUGUGAAAUGUGAUCAAUUUAAUGGUUAAUGUAUUAUUUUAUAAUACAUUUCCAUGAGUUUUAUUACUUCAAAAUCUAACGAGUAUUAUAAUGUAUAAAUCAUUGCUGCCUGAAUGUUCACUAUGAACUAUUUAAUUUAUAAAAUUGAUUCUGGAAAUUAAUAAUAAAA